AUGUUCAAGGUGAAUCUACAGAAGGACACACCCAAUACGAAGCAUCAGAUGCUGUCAGACUCGGCGAGACUGUUCGAUCCGUUCGGAUGGUUUGCGCCAGUGAUAGUUCGAGCGAAAAUCAUGUACCAGCAGUGUUGGCUGUAUGACUUGAAUUGGCACGACCCGUUACCGCUGUGCGUUGAAGAAUUAUGGGUCGAGAUGAAGCAAAAUCUAUCGCAACUCGAACAAUUAAGAAUUCUUAGAUGGACAGCCAAUUAUCACGGCCGAAUUGAGCUCCACGGUUUCUCAGAUGCAUCUGAAGAAGCAUACGCGGCUGUUGUAUACCUUCGAUCGGUCAGUGACAUCAAUGGUGUGCACGUUACCCUAGUUGCAGCGAGAACAAGGGUCGCUCCAGUGCGACAGAUCUCCAUCCCGCGGCUUGAACUCAAUGCAGCUGAGCUUCUGGUGAAGCUGAUGAAGCAGAUAGCAGAACCGCUCAAUCGAUUCCAGAUUGAGAAAUACGCCUGGACAGACUCGACUAUAGUCUUGCAGUGGCUCAGCAGCCACCCUCGCAAAUGGAGCACCUACAUCGCGAAUCGAGUCUCGUCGAUUUUGGAAAUCCUACCACGACGACAAUGGGGUCACGUUCCCUCGCUGCAAAACCCCGCAGAUUGCGCAUCCCGCGGAAUAACACCAUUGGAACUUGUCAACCACUCACUGUGGUGGUCCGGACCAACCUGGCUAGCUGACGAUUCUGGUAACUGGGAACGAAACGUACCGGACGAAGCAUUUGACUACAAUACACUUGAGAUUUGUAAGCGGUUUCAAUCUCUUAACGUUUCGGUUCAUCGCACAUGCACUAACUACGGGAUAGAGAAGCAGAUACUUGAUCGGCGAUCGGUAUUGUGUGCAGCUUGUCGACAGUUGGCGUAUAUUAAACGAUUCAUUUUCAACCUGAAGGCAACGAAGUCAGGGCAACCCAAACGCUCGGAUUGUCUUUCGCCGCCUGAACUGCAUGAUGCAAGGUUACAGUUUGCACGAAUGGCUCAGUUCGAGGUUUACCAGAACGAAAUCGACUACUUGCUGCAGCAUAGCGAAGUUUUCUCGAAGUCGCAAAUCGCCGAAUUAUGCCCGUUUCUAGAUGGUGAUGGCACCCUGAGAGCUUUGGGAAGACUGCAACAGUCAUCAUAUUCAUUCGAAGUCAAACACCCGGUCAUACUGCCUAAGGCUCACCGGUUCACAAGGUUAUUGGUGGAAGAAUUGCAUCUGCAGAAUUGCCAUGCUGGGCCGUCGCUGCUGACGGCAACAAUUAAUCAACGUUAUUGGAUCAAGGGUUGCUAA